AUGGAUUAUCUCAACUUAAAAGACCAGCUAAGGUUCGCUUCCUCGAACGUGUGUUUUGGAGAGUUUUUCAAGAGAUACGCAAGCCGUCGGUACACACAUAUUGACUCGAGAAAGAUUGGCGACGAAGAUCUGAAACAAUUGUUGCAGAUUGUUGGCGAUUAUCUGGUUAGCUAUGAGUCCGAAUUGAAUUACAGUUCGAACGGCGAUCAGCAUCUGUGGAUCCUGCGGAGCUGCUGCAAGAAUCUUGAAAAUUUGAAAAUGACCUUUCGACGGUUUAGGGGCGGAUGGGACGAUCUAAACAGCCUUAAACAUCUGAAAUCUUUGCACGCUUAUCUGCAAUUUCAAGAUGUAGAGAAGCAAUGCACUCGUUUUGUUCAAAAUCUCAAGCAAUUCACGUGUUUAAGGAAACUGAACUUGGAGGCUCCGUCCUAUAACGGAAGAGGAUUGCAUGUUCUUGAUCAACUGGAAUCUCUGGAAGUCGGUUACUGGGAUGGAUUCGAUGCCGAGAGCUUGGCGGAUUGCUGCCAAUUAAUGAAGCAAUUGCGGCAUUUGGACUUUGGAUACCGUAUUCAAAAUAUCACUAAGAACAAUUUUGAUAUUUUAGUGAGGAACUGCAAACAGCUGGAACGUCUGGCCUUUGGUAUACACCGCCUCGACCCUACGGUGCCCUAUGAGCUGGUCUGCCAACUGCCCAGGUUGCAACAUUUAAAGGUGUGGCAUGACGGAUCUGUUCGCGGCUCGCUUUUCGAAGGAUUGAUCCACAAAAGGAGUUCUCCUCUGGAAAGCCUUAUCCUGAUCGGGCCCGAUUUGUUCGAAGAACAGGUUAAGCAUCUUUGCAAUAUUUAUACACUCAAGGAACUCUAUGUAUCCUGUGGCAGCGUACCCUUGGCAGACCUAUUGAAACUGAAAAACCUUCUGUACCUUCACCUAUCAAUGCCAAGCAUUACGAAUGACGAACUCCUGGACCUACUUAAGGGACUUCCGCACUUAAAAGUUCUCAAUAUCGGAAAUAACUUUAAUAUAGACGGUUCCUUUGUUAAUAGAGUUCGGACUUGGGUGAGCGAACAGAAAGAGCUGCGCGGGAAGAUCAAAAUCUAUCUAUCACAUAAUGUUGAUACUGUUACUGUUGAACCAUUCAUUGAAAUCAUAAGGGGUUCUCUGAUAGAUCCCAUAUUGAUAAGAGAAGAACUUAGUGAAAAAAUUCAGAACUAG